AGUUAUUCUUGCCUGUUUCACAUCGGUCUACGCAAUUAUAGUAAUCUUUGCUACAAUAGCAGCACGAAAAUAGACACUUGUUGUUUUUUCUCGUUUUAUCUUUUCGUUUUACUUUAUUUUCCCCUCGCCGUAAUCAGUUGUUAUCAAUUUACUUUAGUGUUUGUAGUUCACAUUUGAAAUUGAUUAGAACCACGUAAUCCCAGUGAGGGUUUACGUGGCUAGCUAGGCUAACAAGUGAGGCUAGCUAAAUUAGAAACGCCAGCUGCCUUGUUUAGCAGGUUGAGAUAGGUACUUAGUUUUGCUCAAUUCAAAUUAGCAAGCGAGUCAACUACAUUUUGAACCGUUAUAUUUUAUGAAGACAUGUAACGCGUGGUUAUGGUUGACGUUUCUGGAAACAGCUAGCUAGUAGCUAGGUAGCCUGUCAUACUUUUUCAUCCUGGCAGGGAAUAUUGAGCUGUCCAACCAACCUUAGCUAACCAUUCACCACCUGGCAAAAAAAUCACCAUGGACUUCGAAAAUGUCUUGUCAAUCGCUUCCCAAAACCAGGGCCUCAGUAGCGUACCGAAGCGGUACAGUUUACAAACUGGACCACCCAAAAAGGACCCUAAAGUGAAAGGUGUCAACUCAGCAGCUGUGCAGGCUUUCCUAAAGAAACAAGAGAUGGAGAGUAAGAAGAAAGAGGCCAUGAGUAUGAAAAAGAAAGAGGGGCUUCUCGCCAAAAGGGUGGAGCUAAAGUCUGACCGCAAGGCUCGAGCGAUGGCAUCUCGAACCAAGGAUAACUUCAGGGGCUACAACGGCAUCCCUGUGGUGGAGGAACCCAAGAAGAGGAGAUCAAAGGGGGAGAGGGGCGAAGAGCAGCAGAGGAGUGACACUUACGACGAAGAUGAUGAGGACACGUACGAAUAUGAGCAGACUGACUCUGAGCCCGAGCCAGAACCGGACCCGGAACCCCAGAUACCCAGACAGGCUGCUCCGAACUCCAAGCCCUCAAAGAGACCCAGCGGACCAUCUAAACCCGCCCCUCUACCCAUGAACUUUGCCGAGCUGCUCAAACUGGCCCAGAAGAAGCAGUUUGAGCCAGUGGAGGUGAAAGCCAAGCCAAGCAAGAAGGGCGAGCCGGAGAGGCUGCGGACGGCCGAUGAGAUACGUGAGCUGGACCUGGAACGCAAGGCUAAGCGGCUUGAUAAAGGUAGCAGAGACUCCAGACCCCAGGAGAGAGAACGAGAUAGAGAUGGGGACAGAGAUAGGAACAGAGAUGGAAGAGACAAAUCCCAGGCCAGCUCAAGCUCCUCAAGGAAAAGCACUUCUGACAGAGAUGUAAGGAACGGGAAGCAGCCACACAAGAGCUUGUCGGAGAGGCCUGUCCCCAGUGGGUCGGGGAGGAAGCCAAAGGUCCCGCUGCCAUCUUGCUCGUCGAGCGAAAGAAGCCACCACGGUUCUGCCAAGCCGUCUCGAGACAGAGACCGAGAUAGAGAAAGGCCCAAAGCAAAACCUUCUCAGAGCUCCUCUUCCAGCUUGUCAGGUGCCUUGAGCAGAAAAGCCCCCACCAAAGGAGCCUCCUCUCAGGUCUCAGCCAAACCCGCCACACCCAGGCCCACUUCAGCAGGCCACAAACCCACUGCCACAAGUGACCUUAACACCCCCAGGAAGGGAAACCCCUCACUAACUCCAGGGCGACCCGGCAGCUCCGGGAUGAAACCCAGCACAGCUCUGAGUUCCAUCCAGGCUAGACCACAGGGUUUGGGCCAAAACAGACCACAGCAAGGGGGCUCUUUGGGGCAGGCUCGAGCCAGCCAAGGCAGCUCAGUGAGGGGAGGACCCACCGGAGGACCCUCCAGGCCCGGAAAGGGAGAACCGGCGCGACCUGGUGGUAGCUCCACGGCAAGACCAGCGAGUAAUGAACAGAUGAGACCCACUGCAGUCGGUCCUCCCAGGCCAGGGGGGCCACCUCAGGCCAGGCCGGGUGGAGGUAGUGUCCAAGGUCGCCCUGGUGAUGGAGGGGUCAGACCUCCAGGGAACGCACCCAGUCGGCCUGGGGGUGGGGGGCCCGUGCCCAGGCGGCCAGCCAGCAGUAUGGGCUCCGGGCCUGGGAGACCCAAGUGCACUUUGGUGGCCGAGACCAUCUCAUCCAAGACCUUUGGUGGAGGCAGGGGAGCGCCACCGAGUAGGCCAGGCAUGCCACCGAGUAGGCCAGGCAUGCCACCGAGUAGGCCAGGCAUGCCACCGAGUAGGCCAGGCAUGCCACCGAGUAGGCCAGGCAUGCAGCCCAGCUCAAUGAUGAGACCUCAAGGCACGAUUCGUUCGCCAAUCACCUCGGCCUACAAGAGGAAGUACGAGGACGAGGAGGAGUAUGACUCUGAGAUGGAGGACUUCAUCGACGAUGAAGGGGAGGACCAAGAGACAAUCUCCAAACACAUCAAGGAAAUCUUUGGCUACGACCGGACCAAAUACAAAGAGGAGAGUGACUAUGCAUUAAAGUUCAUGGAGAGCAGUUGGAAAGACCAGCAAAAAGAGGAGGCUAGGAGUUUACGCCUGGGUAUCAAGGAGGAUGAGGAAGAGUUGCGCUUAGAGGAGGAAGAGAUGAAAAAAGAAAAUGCCAAUGAAUGCGAAACGAAAAAAAGUUUGAGGACACUUAAGUUUAACACACAAACACAAUGCAGCCAUUUCCUGGAGUGUGUGUGUGUGUGUUUGGGGGGGGGGGGAAAUUUGCCCCUAGAUGUUGCUCCUGAGUCAGUUUAGCAUUUUCCCCGCUAGUGGUAAGGAUUGGGGGGAGGGGAAGCUGAUCCUAAAUCUGCACCUAGGGAAAACUUCACCCUGGAGUGGAAUGGGGUGGUCAGACCAGUGCAGUGGCCACUUGCUUCUGUUACAUUAUUUAUUUUUCCCGUUGGAAAGGAGUAGGGUUGCACUAUCAAGUCUUUCAGUCUUUUCCUAGCUGAGCCGCAGAGAGACAAUUUAAUAUAAUACCAAUUAUGACCUAUUUUUGAAACCCAUAGAAAAUGACAGAGCUAUCAUGUAACGUGUGAUUGCCUUGCCAAGUUGUGAAUGGCAAUCAUGUUGUAUUUUUCCCCAUACAGAACCAAAACCCAUUGGUCCAUUUUUUUAAAUUUAAUCUUCUUUAAUGUAAAGGGGCAGUCAGCAGUUGAAACAAUAAAGCGGUGUCCCCGCCUCUGUUUCAGUAAAUGCUGUGGGAUGGGGCUGGAGAAAUGUAACCACUCUCAAAUUCAUAUGCUAUGGAUGCAAGGGCUGACCAUCCAUGAUACCAAAAUUAUGGUUUUAACCAAGUUUUGAUUCUAUAUAGUGUUUGUUUACAUUUACUUUGAACAUUGGAGUAAAACAAGCUUAUAUUUUGUGUUCUGUGUGGAUAUGACAGUUGAACUAAACUCAUGAGGCAUUAAGUUAUAUUCCUCAAGAAUCAAUGGGUACAUAUCAUUAACUUAUAAAUCAGAAAAUGGAUGUAGCAACUGCAGAUUGCCCCUUUAAUGAUGGAGAAAAAGAGACAUUGCCAGAGACAUUUCAUGAAAUGUUGCUAUUUUCUUGUUAAAAAGAUUUGACGUAACUUGUUGGCAGAUGGUUUUUAUUUGCUUGUGGUGUGCCUUUGCUGUUUCCCCCCCUGUUAUAUUAUUUUAAUCCCUAGAACGAUAUGAUCCUAUUUGUUAAUUUAGCAGCCUGAAUCUGCUAAUUUAAAUAGAAAUGUAACUAUAAUUUCUCAUCCUUUUAUAUAACAAAAUAGCAUUCAUUUCAUACUGAAGCAAAUAAAAUCUCUCAAUGUGGUGGAAAACACUA